AUGGUCACCCGGGAUGCUGAUGAAGGCAUUAAGAAACUUCAAAAUAGUAAUGCAUGUAAUAAAACGCAGUGUCUUGAGAUAAUUGUACUGGGAACAGGAGCUGGCACGACCUACGUGUACUCAAAGCAACCCAGUUCUUCCUUUGUUGUUGUCAAAAAAGGCGAGCCAAUUCUGCUGUGCGAUGUGGGCUAUGGGGUAACGGCCGCAUGUCUGAAGCUUGUGGGCCGCGUGCCGCCAAACCUUUACGUCAGUCACAACCAUGGAGAUCAUACCGGCGAGCUACCCGUGGUGUUGGCGGUGGAGAGCACUCGCGCAGCAACGGCAGGGUGUCAGCAACCCCCGCACCUCUACGCUCAUGCUGAUGUCCUGGCGGAGGUCAGGCAGCACCGGCUUAGAGAGCUCAAAUCCACCGGCAAGCCGCUGGAGGACUUUGCCGUUUUCCACGAUGUGCCCGCCGGUGAAGGGACGACGGCUAUUGCGGACAGCGGCCUGGCCAUACGUCCCUUCCGAUCGCGCCACUCGGAGACAUGCUACGGGCUCGUCCUGUACGACGGCGAUAUGCCCGUACUGGGCUGGACGGCUGACAGCGGCUUCGACGAAGCGUUGUACGAACAGCUGUCGGUGGCUCCCGUACUGCUGGUGGACGCGAGGGCGAACGGUUCAGAGGAGCACGCCGGAUUUGGUCAGCUGGAGCGGCUAGGUGAGUGGGUGUGGGUGGCCGUACCGGGCCGGGAACUAUUGCGUAGAACAGAGGAUAAGCCGUGUCCUCCGCUCCUGCAAUACAAAAGCACGGUACACUACGCAUCGUUGCCAUUCAUGGCCGGCAAGGUCGUGUACGUCACAGGGUACGGCAGGCAGGACGAGGAGCCCAAACCCGAGCAAGUACCGCCCGGCAUGGCGGUUGCGCGACCCGGCAUGCGCAUCUAUCUGCCACCGUGUGCACAGCGAAGUUAA